AUGACAGGGGACGUGUCGGGUGUUAGGGACACUCGUGAUGUUAGCGCGGAAAUUAAUCAAGCCUUGGAAUCAAAGUUUGUAAAAGCAAUUGUGUUGGAAAUAGACAGUGGAGGGGGUAGUGUUGACGGUACAGAAGAAUUGGCUGGUGUUGUGGCUAAUGCUGAUAAACCUGUUAUUGUGUGGGGUGACGGAUUGAUUGCUUCGGCUGCCUACUGGGUAGCCAGUCAAGCGGACUAUAUUAUGAUGUCCAGUGCCACUACUUCGGAAGUAGGAAGUAUUGGUGUGUAUUCUAUUUAUGCUAAUUAUUCAGGGUAUUUGGAAAAAGAAGGCGUUGAUAUGCGAAUACUCCGCAGUACUGGAAGCAGUGACAAGGUCGCGCUAAACCCUAUAGAAGAACCAAGUCAGGAAGCGAUUGAUGUAGAAGUCGCUCAAAUGGACGUGAUUUUAGGAACUUUUACCAAGGCAGUCCGUGGUGCGCGUGCCGAAAAAUUGACAAAUGCACAAAAUCAAGACAUUGAUGUUUUUACAGGAAAGGUGUUUAAUGCGAGUGAAGGCAUUGAAUUAGGUUUAGUGGAUAGCAUCGGCACAUUAGACGAUGCUAUCUUUUUAGCAGUUGACAUGGCUGCGGAUAAAUUUUCAGAUAAUC